UGUCGACCGUCCGUAUUCGCCAUCCGCUCUCCUGCAGUGCAUAGGUGCGCUGCAUUUAGUACCCAGAGGAGAUACCCGCCAAAGCAUCCACAUUUCACACCAUUCCCUGUUCUGCGUACACACAACCAGCAGCGCAGGGAAAUGCGAAUCGCCACCUUACAGUUCGCCCCGAAACUGGGGGACGUGGAAGGCAACAUCAGCCGCGCCAAUGAAUUGCUGCAGAAUGGCAAAGUGCUAGGAGGCGUUGGCAUCGGAGUCGACGUCUUGAAACCGGAGAUUCUGGUAUUGCCUGAGUUGGCUUUGACUGGUUAUAACUUCCCGUCGCUGCAGGCUAUCAGGCCAUAUCUGGAGCCUGCGGGGAAGGGCCCAUCAGCCGCGUGGGCACGAGAGACUGCUAGGCGGUAUCGAUGUAAAGUGUGCGUUGGGUAUCCUGAGGUCGAGGAAGCAGGGGUAAGCCAAGGAGACGGUUCGACUAGUCAGCAGGAGACGUACUACAACUCUCUUCUUGUGGUUGACGAGAACGGGGAGGUGUUGCACAACUACCGCAAGGCGUUUCUGUACUAUACAGACGAGACAUGGGCCGCCGAAGGGGAUGUGAAGCGGGGCUUUCGCGAGCUUACCUUUGGGAAAUCACCAGAGCAGAAUUCUCCCGGCACCAACGUUGCCACUUCAUUCGGGAUAUGCAUGGAUAUCAACCCGUAUAAGUUCGAGACGCCGUUCACCACAUGGGAGUUCGCGAACCGAGUGCUGGAUUCGAAGUCUCAACUCGUCGUCCUUUCGAUGGCUUGGCUCACAUCCUUGGGCCGGGAAGAGCUCGACGCUCUCGCUGGCGAGCCGGAGAUGGAUACCUUCAACUACUGGAUCCAGCGGUUUUGGCCCCUCAUCAAAAAACGAUUGCGUCAUGAGGUGAACUUUGAUGGGGAUGAUGCGGAGUCUGGCAAGAAGACUGUUAUUGUUUUUGCGAAUCGCGCCGGAGACGAACCAGGUCCUGAGGGAACCAACCCGGUUCUGUACGCUGGCACGAGUGCUAUUAUUGCUGUUACGCAACGGCCGCGCCGCCCCUCGGCCGAUGGAGAAACCAGUGCUGUGGACAAAGGUUCUGGGAAUGGGUCUGGUGAGGAUGAGAGUGGGGACAAGGAUACAUCGCCGUUUGAUGUGAAAAUAUUCUGCUGGGAUAUGAUGGCCGCGACAGCCGAAGGGAUCUGCUUUGCGGAUACUACGAUGGACCCAAAAAUGGUCUUCGGCUUAGUUAAAGCUAGUAGGUAAUGUGAUUGAGCUGUGGCGACGUAUCCAUGGCUCGGGCAAUAAUAGUAUCCUUUCAUAAGUGCCGGUCGAUGGCAAGUAUAGCAUGCUUGGGGCUCUCAUACUUGUAAUGGUCUAUUCACCUACCUCCUACGAGAGCUGGGUGGUCGGGAUCCUCAAUAUGCUACAACAUGCGAACUACUCUCUUCCAUCUAUUCAACUAUCGUCGCACGUCUUAUGCCUCUUUUGCAACGGUAAUCGUACAGUGAGUUCACGAGUGGCCAGCAUUCCGACAAACGUCUUGCCACACUUCCACGUCCCAGAGUCAUGUGAGUCACUUGACAGUCAUACUGAAUGCUGGUCCAUGUGACAUUUCUUUCUUUUCUGCAAAGACAGGGGGGAUUCUAGAUUUAAAAGUCCGGAGAAUAACCAUUUAAUAGGUUCUCAGGCAGUAGCCCCGAUAAACUAUCGUCUCAGUACCUCCCUCUUUCUUCACGCGCCCGUCCUUUUCUUUAGCAUUCCACUCAU